GCAGUUCAGUUCAGACCCGGACUCGGACCCAGACACCCCCAUCCGUAAUUCGGAAAACAUAGAUAAUACUUAAACCUGGGAGCUGAUUGCUGUUGUUCGCGAUGGCCGAUGGUUUCAAGAAGUAUUUCAAUGGCACCACGAUGAGCGGCCGCGCGAAUGUUGCCAAGGCCACCUAUGCAACCUUGGCGCUCGUCUAUUUGUUCUAUCGCGUGCGUCGUAGCAAGAGUCAGCCGACGGACGACAAAGAGCCGGUGGAGAUCAAGGAGCCAUCGGAGUUCCAAGAGCAGCCGAACUGCAACUGCGAUGAGAAAAAGAAGCCGAAGACGGACCCAAACGAUUGCAUCGUUUGCCGUGAGCGACGACCACGCGAAGAUCAAUGCCAGAAAGAACCACCGCCGCCGCCACCACCGUCAUCAGCAUCGGAUAAGUGCGAAGCGCCGAAACGCCGCAAAUGCCCGUGCGACGCGUCCAAGCCACAGCAUAUGCAGCAGCAUCCACAGAAGGAGCCACAGCCGCAGAGCAAUCAACAGCACCAACCGCAGGCGAGCUACACUAGCAGCCAGGAGCAAGCGGAUGAGGCGCAUCCGGCACGGGAGCUCAUCUCCCAGAUGCAUGAAGCUGCGUCCCGAGUGCUGCGCAAUGUGAUUGGUGCCGUUAUUGGCGAUUCAGCAUCUGGUGGAACCAACUGCAACCACACCGACGAGAAUUGCAGUUGUCCAUCAAAAGCCGCCAGUCCUGCUGCCGCUGCGGUGCCGCCAGCUGGUCCGAUCCCUACCGUGGGUAUUGUCGAUGCCAAUGACCCGUUGGAGGAUGAAGCCAGCGACUAUGACUCUGACAGUCAGCUGCUCAGCCGCCAGCGACGCACUGCACCGCGCGCCUGCGUGCCCAGCAAUACCAGCAGCGACCUCGAUGUCGCCACUGAGGCGGAAAGACGUGAGCCGCAGACACUAUCGAAAAUCAAAACUGAAUCGCAAACUCCAAUCAAGUUGCAAGAGCAAGCGCAAACGCAGCUGCAGCCGCAGGCGCAGAAUCAAAUGCAGUCCACCUCCUCGCCACAAACGCAGCCAAAAUCGCAACCACAGCAAAGAUAUCGCUGCUUCGAGGAUGACUUUGCAUCUGAUCUGUUCUUCGAGGACUUUGAGGAAUAGGAUCUUAGGGGGAGGGGACUAGAUCCGCGGUUAACACCUGUCUACCAAAAUUCUCAGUGCAAACGAACUGUUUAUUAAAUUAAACGGCAGCAAAAAUUGCUCCUGUCUAGAAAAUAAGAGAAAUAUCCAUAUCUA